AUGUUGGAGGAGGACAGCACGGACCAGGAGCCGGGGCUGGAGCCGCGGGGGGAGAGGAGCAGCGCAGCCCGGGACCAGAGCGCUCAGACCCGCCAGUGGAGCGACAGUGAGGCAGUGAUUCUGCGUGGCAUCUUCAGACUGGGGAAGAAGAGCCACGACGUCCUCCUGACAAAAAGCUGUCUGAGCUGGACCCCUAUCACCCCAGAGACGCCCACAGGGGAGGCAUGCGCGGGCCCCUCCGGUCGGCUGCUGCUGCGGGAUGUGUUUGCGGUAAAGGUGAAGCGGCGCAGGAGCGUGGGGCAGCCAUCGGGGGGCGCUGUCUUGGGCCUGGCUUUGCUCUGGGCUCGACAACACGGGCCGCGGCUGAAGGAGGACGCUCUUCACCUGCACAACGCCUCCAGCCAGCACACGCAGCUCUGGUACACCGCAGUCAAGCAACUCAUCACAGACAUGGCUGGCCGUCCCAGGUGUCUGAAGGUCCUCAUCAACCCCAGCAGCCACAGGAAGGAGGCCGUGCAUGUGUACCGUGAGCACGUGGCGCCGCUCUUCAAGAUGGCUGCCGUGCAGACCCACAUCACAGUGACGGAGAAGGAAGGCCACGCCCUAACGCUGAUGAAGGAAUGCAAACUGGACCAGUACGAUGGCGUGGUGGUGGUGGGUGGAGACGGCUCUGUGGCUGAGCUGUGCCAUGGCCUGGUGCUGCGGACUCAGCUGGACACCGGCUCUGCUCUGGACCGUCCCAGCAGAGUCAGCCUCCCCGUGGGGAUAGUCCCGGCCGGCUCCACAGACAUCGUGCCCUGCUCCGUCCAUGGAGUGAGGGAUCCAGUGACCGCUGCUCUGCACAUCAUCCUGGGGCGAGUCCAGCGCGUGGACAUGUGCAGUUUCUGGUCCUGCGGGAGCCUGGUGCGGUACGGCUUCACCGCCAUGCUGGGCUUCGGGGGGCGGAGCUUAGCCUGUGCUGAGAAGAGGCGCUGGAUGCCCUCUGCGCAAAGAUGCGACUACGCUGUGGUCAAGACGCUGUCCCGGCUGCGACCAGUCGACUGUGAGGUGUCCUUCGUGGAGACCAAGACGUCCAGCUCCAGCUCAGAGGAUUGUGAGCAGAACUCCACACACACAGAGGAGGAGUCCUGGACGACCAAUCAGGGCCUGUACCUGAACAUCAGCGUCAUGUCCAUCCCAGGUCUGAGUCCGUACACGCCCCGAGGACUGGCCCCCAACACCAGACUGGCCAAUGGCAGCGCAGCACUCAUCACCGUUGGCAACACUUCCAGAACACAGUUUAUCAAACAUCUGAAGAGACUUGGCGCCCCCAGUGGACAGCUUGACUUCCCAUUCGUCGAGGCUCACAACGUCACCGCCGUGAAGAUCUGCCCCCGCGCUGCCAUUGGCUCAGAGGAGGAGAGCGAGGAAGAGGCCGUCCAGUCAGAGAGCAGCGCCUUGCCCAUCGUCCAAUCACAGAGCGGCUCGGAGUCCGUUGCGCUGCAGCUGCAGAGAGGAGCCUUACCCUGGAACAUCGAUGGAGAACUGGUCCCACUGCAGCAGGAAGUCCUCAUCAGGGUCCAUCCUCGACUCAUGUGUCUGUACGGACAGGAAGUGGACCAGGCUGAGUCCUCUGCCUCCUGCGGCUGCAUCUGA